AUGGCAUCACCAUCAGUAUCGGGGGCGACCGAACCCCAGAGCUAUACCACCAUGGAGAAAGGCGAUGUGGAUGCGAUUGGCGCGCAUUGCAAAUAUCAGUACUGUAAUCAGCUUGACUUUCUACCGUUUCGAUGCGAGAGCUGUCGAGAUACUUUCUGUCUUGAUCAUCGAACGGAAACCGCACACAAAUGCCGCAACGCAGGAGCAUGGGCUGCUGCGCGUCGAGAAAAGAACCUCGGCGCAAGUAUAUCCUCAAGCAGCCCUUCGCCUUCACCGUCGCCCGUGCACGCGAAAUGUGCGCAUCCAGAGUGCAAGACGAAAAUCGACAAUAUCCGAAACCCCGGCGUACAAUGCACCAACUGCAACAGGCAAUACUGUCUAAAACACCGCUUACGGGAAGAGCACGACUGUUCUAAUCUGAUUCCACUGGGUGCUCGUCCCGCGCGAUUUGACGCUCAGGCGCAGAAGGAAAAGGCGCUCUCAGCUUUUGCCAAAUUCAGCGCCGCAAUGAAGGAAAAGCGCAAGACUGUCCUGCCCAAGAAGCCGUCGAGCAAUGCAGCAAGGAUCGUGGAACUUAAUAAGCUCAAGAAGGACGCCAAGGGCGACCAGAAAAUACCGUCAGAAAAACGCGUCUAUCUUCAUAUCGAAGGGGAGAAGGAGACUACGACAUCCAAGUUUCCUGCGGGCAAGUUCUUUUAUAACAAGGAAUGGAGCGUGGGCAGAAUGCUAGACGAGGCGGCGAAGGGACUGCAAGUGCAGAAUGUGAACAAUAGGGGCGGCGGAGAAGAGGAGAAACUUCGCGUGUAUCAUGUGGAAGGCGGCAGGUUACUGGAGUUUAGUGAGAAGCUGGGCGAAGCUUUUGUCAGUGGAAAUACGGCCGUUUUGCUUCGAGGCGUUGGGCCUGCUGUGCCGGAUCUGAUUGAGAUAUGA